AUGACGAACCGUAGACACCCUCUCAGAGGCCUGACGCCAGACGAAAUUAAGCAUGCUGCAGCGGUUCUGAAGAAGACUGUGCAGGCAAAAGCAGGAGGCUCUGCAGAUAACAUCAGAUUCCAACACAUCACCUUGGACGAACCGCCUAAGGCGCUCCUCUUGCCGUAUCUCGAUGCUGAGAGCGCAGGCGUAGAUCCCUCAAAACGGCCUUGGGUGCCACGAUGCGCGAGAGUGACAUGGUCUCACGUCCACGAGCGGCAGGACUGUGAGACCGUUGUCAGCUUGGAUACUGAGGCAGAAGUAACUCACAUCGACCACCAAGCACCACAGCACAAUGGCCUUGACAGAGACGAAGUGAUUGCUGCUACCAUCGUCAUUCUCACCGACCCCUCGGUGGUGGCGGAAAUCAAGAAGUUUCAGUUGCCUGAAAAUGUCGCUGUUCAGUGUGACACCUGGCCGUUCGGCACAGACCUGAGUUCCAAGGAGGAUGACCCUAAGCUCAUCCAAACAAUCCUCUAUGCGAGAGCUCCCCACAACCACCCAGAAAGUAAUCAAUAUUCCUUUCCCAUCCCCAUCUCGCCAGUCUAUGACCCAUUCCUCAAAAAGGUCGUCCGGAUUGAUACUGUUGCAACUGGCGGCAAGGAAGACGGCUUGAAGCACAACACUGUGGCCCCCGAAGUUGCUUUAAAGCACUUGGCGGAAAACGAAUACCAUAGUGACCUCCAAAAAGGAAAUCUACGGAAGGACAUCAAGCCUCUACUCAUCGUACAACCCGAAGGCGUCAGCUUCACGGUCGAGGAUGAAACGAAAAUAUCAUGGCAAAAGUGGACUUUCAGGGUUGGCUUCAACUGGAGGGAAGGUAUGGCCAUCCACGAUGUCAGAUAUGACGGAAGAAAACUCUUCUAUCGUCUGAGCAUGAGUGAAAUGACGGUUCCAUACGGUGGUAAGGAUUCGUCCUCGGACGUUAAUUACGCGCGUCCGUUGCUGAUUGCCAUUCAUCUGCCAGAUCCACGAUCUCCGCAUCAUCGCAGACAGGCCUUUGAUCUUGGAGACGCGGGGGCUGGUAUCACAGCCAACAAUCUGUCUCUAGGUUGUGACUGCUUGGGAACCAUCCAGUACUUCGACGGAUGCUUGAGUGAUUCUGCCGGAGAACCAUACAAAGCCCCUAACGUCAUAUGCCUUCAUGAGCAGGAUAAUGGAAUCGGAUGGAAACAUACAAACCCACGGACAGACGUGGCGGCUAUCACGCGUGCGCGGAUAUUGGUUGUGCAAAGCAUCAUUACCGUUGGCAACUAUGAGUACAUUUUUGCCUGGCACUUUACGCAAAGUGGUGCAGUUGAGUUCGAAACUCGCGCCACAGGCAUUCUUGCCACCUCUCUGAUCGACAAAGGCAAAACCAGCUUCUGGGGAAAUGUCGUUUCCCCAGGUAUCCUGGCCGCCAAUCAUCAACAUCUCUUCUGUCUUCGUAUCGACCCCAUGAUUGACGGUCUCGAAAACACCGUCGUCCAGGAAGAUACUGUGGCCAUACCUUAUUCCAGACAAGAGAAUCCAAACGGUAACGCUUGGAAAGUUGUCAAGACACCCGUCGAAAGCAGCAGCUUCGCUGACGCUGCCCCACAGAACAACCGUGUCUUCAAGGUCGUCAACGAAAAGAAAAUCAAUGCCAUUUCUGGCAACCCGGUUGGUUUUAGGGUGGUUGCUCAGCCCACUCAACUGCUCAUUGCGGAUCAGUGCAGCACGGUGCGUCGGCGAGCGCGGUUUGCAGAGCACCAUCUGUGGGUGACUAAAUAUCGCGAUGGGGAACUCUACGCAGGUGGGCACAAGACAAAUCAGAGCCAUGACGAGACCGGGGGGGUCUUUGAUGCAGCUUCACGUUCUGAAAAUGUCCGCAACACGGAUGUCGUCGUGUGGCAAACUUACGGCAUGACACACAACCCGCGGGUCGAAGACUAUCCUGUGAUGCCUGUCGAAAUUCUGACCGUCGCGCUGAAGCCUGUGGACUUCUUCGAGAAGAACCCAGCAUUGGAUGUGCCGCCGAGUAUGCAGUCCAUCAACAAAAGUGUCCUUGUCGGACAGGCAGAUCAGUCGCAACCCGAGACCACCUAUUAA